AUGAAUAAUUUAUAUUGCUAGAAGAAAAAAAGAAUUCAUGAAGUAACUUAUGCAUAAAAAGUAAUCAAUUCUGUUAAACCAGAUAUUGAAAAUAUUAAACUUAAUGAAAACUUAUUUUAAGCUCAAUAAAUGGCUAGACAUUCAUCUACAUUAAUUAAAGAUAUAUAAAAAGAUGUAAGAUUGACACUUAAGAAAUAUGAUUCAUAUGUUAAAAUGAGUGAAUCUAAUAGAAAAAUAACUGAUAAAUAGGUUAGUGAAUCUACUAGAAGGUAUUAAAGUGAAAGUCCUCUAAAAUAAUAAGAAUCAACUGAUAAAGAACUUGAGACUUUAAGAUAAUAACAAAGAAUUCUAAUGACUCUCCUUAACAAUUUAUAACAAUAAGAAAAUCUAAUAGUUUCUUAAUCAUUUCCAAUUCCUGAACCUCAUCCUAAAUCUGUUAUUGAUAAAGAAUGGUUUCAAUAGAAAACUAAAUAAUUAUAGUAAAUUUAAAAUACAUAAGCAUAAAUUGAAAAUACAUCAUCCAAAAGAUUAGAUAAAAGUGAUGUUAUAUAAAUUGAUCUAAGUAAAGUUAAAAGAUCACCUAAUAGUAAAUCUAGUUCUGCUUAAAAUUUCUUUAGUCCAAAUAAAAAUCCUAUUAAGAAUUCUCUUACAUAUAUUUAAAAUUCUACUUCUAGUUAUGCUAAAUUACAUAGAAAACAAUCUAAUUCUCCUUAAAAAUGGGGUUAAUAUGGUGUUAUAAAUCAAUAAAAACCAUAGAAAAAUUUGAUAGUAAGUAAAAGGAAUGAAUAAUGGAAACAAAGGGUUGACAAUAAAAUAAGAAAUGAAUUAAUAAAAAAAUAAGAAAGAGAAAUAAAAGCAUGCACAUUUAAACCUAAAAUCUUAUCUAAGACCCCAAAAAGUAAUCGUAAUAGUAAAGAAACAUCAACAGAUUUUAAUGAAUUAAUGUUUUUAAUUGAUGAUAUCAAUGAAUUUAAUGAUAAAAAUAAGAGAUCAACUAUUAAAAAAUGA